UUCAAGCACCAGAGUGUUUGUGGCUGUCUGAAGCGUGGAAUCCUAAAUAUGAUGCUCUUUGUUUUAACGUGCUUACUGGCAGGUUGCCUGGCUCAGAGGCCUCACCCAUGCUCAAGUCCUGCUCUUCUGAGCGGAGGCCUCACUGUGUCCACACAGGAUGAAAAGCUGUGGGCUGGCGCCAAAUACCUGUACGAUGCGCUGGGACAACGGGUCCGGGUCAUGGAGCUGGGCACAUUCGAGAAUAAGUCCUUCACCUAUGAUGCUCUGCUGCUCUACAGAGAGGGUGCCAUGUAUGAGAUAAACGAACAUGACCGCACAUGCAAGAAAAAGCCUCUGAAGGGACACUUCCACCCGAUGGAAAUCCCCAAAGACGCGUCUCUGGCGGGCCAGAUUGUUCUGGGCAGCUCGUCUGGACCUGGAGAAGGACUACUGGUCAACACGUGGACGGGAGAUCUGCCCGACAAAGCAGGAAAGUUCAUGAGCACAGUCACUGAAUUCGGUUGUAUUCCUAUCAGCACCGUGUACCACACUGACCAGUAUGGAUGGGUGGUGACAACCUUCUUCGACAACGUGCUUGGGAUAUCGGACCCCGGUCAGCUCAACCCUCCAGGCUUUUGUCUGGAUGCAGGGAUGAAGGUUGAGGAAGAGGAGCAGACAGACUUCCUCAGAUUGUUCCUUAACUAACAAGCGUUGAGGGCCUCCUUCAACUAAUCAUUUGAAAAGAAUACAAAUAAAUGUGGCGCUACUUGAAUCAUAGCUAUGUUAUGCGGUAAACAUCACAUGUACUCCUGCGAGGUCAUGCGUAAUGUCAAGCACCUGGAACAUCUCAGACAAAAUUAGUCUGAUCAAAAAUAUGUUUUUUUAAAUCUAUUUUCAUAUUAAAAAGCUAACAAACAUGCUGAUGUGUGACCAUAUGUAAUGUUUAUUAAUAAGCACUGAAGAAUAAAAAACUAAUUAAUGUA